AAACACCUUGGUGAGUAAUUUAUUGACACUAAACUGGAAGUUUUGUGAAGGUUACGAAGAAAGUCUUCGCAUGAAAAUAGAGCUGAGGUGGUAGAUGAAUCAGAUGGAUGUGGCGGGAAGUUUAGCGUGAUCGUUGUCUCGCCUCAAUUUGAAGGGAAGGCUCAUCUCCAGAGGCAUCGUCUGGUUAACAGCGCACUCGCAGAGGAACUGAAAACAAUUCAUGCCUUCUCUCAGAAGACCUAUACACCAGCUCAGUGGAAAGACGUCGCCAAGUAGUGUUUAAAAAAAUAUAAAGUUUAACUGAGUUUCCGAAAGUUUUAUUUAUCUGCCACCUGAAGCACCUUAAAGUUAUUGUCUUAAAGAAAGGAAAAAUGGUGAAGUUUGAAGUUUCUGCACCGGGAAAAGUGAUCCUACAUGGGGAACAUUCAGUUGUCUAUGGGAAACCUGCCGUGGCUGGAGUUGUUCAAGUUAGGAAUACUCUUACUUUGGAGGAAACUGACAACAAUUUAAUGGUUAUAUGUUUCCCCAAGAUUGGUCUUGAUUCCAUUUCCAUCUCUGUGGAGGUAAUCAAUAAAUUCUUAGCGACUUGUUGGGAUAACUACGGUACCCUCAAACUUCCGGAAAAGCUAAAUCAUGAUGUCUUUCUCGAUGAAGUGAGGCAUUUUGUACAGGAAAAUGUGAAAGAUGACGAAGGUUCUCUCAACAGUGUUAAAUUGAAUUCACUCUCAGCUUCAAUUUAUCUCUUAAUGGGAAUUUUUAUUGAUGAACAAGUUCAGAGUCUCCGGAAAGGAAUAAAAAUUGAUCUGAAAACUGAAAUGAGUGUUGGAGCAGGAAUGGGUAGUUCGGCGAGUUUUGGCGUCUGCAUAGCUGCUGCUUUCUACCUUUUGGCUAGGCUGGUGAAGAAGGAAACUUUUCUGGAGGAUUUUACUAAUUUGAGUGAAACCGGUCAACAUGAUGUUAAGGAGAAAAUAUCAACAUGGGCAUUCUAUUCGGAGAAAAUAAUGCACGGAAAUCCUUCGGGGUUGGAUAAUACAAUUUGUACAUUUGGGAAUGUUAUGAAGUUCUACAGAGGACACCCUCCAGUGGAUAUCAAACUCACUUGCUCUCUACCCAUUCUCCUUGUUGAUUCGGGCGUUUCACGCAGUACAGCAAAACUCGUGGGGAAUGUGGCUGAUUUACGGGCUAGACACCCAAAACUUGUGGACAGUGUAUUAGAAGCAAUGAAGUACUUAGUGGAGGAUGCUGUUGACAUCCUGGAGCACAUUACGCACAUCUCAGAUACGGAGAAUUUCAACAAACUCGAGAAUCUCGUCUCAAUGAACAACAAUCUCCUGAGGACUCUCGGUGUAUCCCAUCCGGCUCUCGAGAAGAUCUUCAUGAUUGCUGAAAAGUAUGGAUUUCACGCAAAACUCUCCGGUGCUGGUGGCGGAGGAUUUGCAAUGAUUCUCCUGCCCAGCUGGAAUAUACACGAGAUGAAGAAUUUCCGGCAGCUAAAGGAUGAAUUGGAGGGAAAUAAUUUUCAAUGGAUCCUCACGGGAUUGGGCGGGGAAGGGUUAAUUUUUAAGUCAAUGUAAUUUAUUUCACGCAGUAUUUUUUACACGUUUUUUAUACACGACGGUGGCGGUUGAGGCUUCAAAUAAAUUUUUGGGAACUGCAA